UUGCACUUCAUAGAGAGGCAGGUCCUCCAGAAACACAAUUAUUUAUACAAGCCAUCAAAAAGUCAAGUUUUAAAUGGAAAUGUGUAACGUUAAUAACCAACUUUCAGUAACAUCCAGUUAUACUCCAUCUAUAAUUGAUCUCAUUUGGAAAAUAUUCUGAAAAUUGACCAGUGAGUGCUCUUCUAUGCGUUCCCAUCGGACUGCAGAGUUGGACUCCUGCGAGUGGAAUAGCGGGGAAGGGAAUUGGGGGAGGGGGGUGGAGGGCAACAGAAGGCAUGAGUGUCCUUGUAGCUUGUAUGGCUGGACUUGUGCAUGGACUAUCCAUCUGUCAACUUUGUUCCUCCCCAGUCUGUGACUGCAUGGUGACUAAUCUUUCUGUGGUAAUGAAUGAAACAAGAGCUGCUGGUGGUGGCGGUGCCAACACAGAAAUGAUCUAUUUACAUACAUGCAUGCUGUCACUUAUUUGUGCUCUCGAAGAAAACCGUGCGAGAGGCUUCUCAUUGGGGUGCUAGCCCUCGAAAGGGCUGCUCCUUUUUUAAACUCUUUAUUUAAACAACAAAAUCAAAACACAUCAUUUCAUCGAACCAAAGUGUGCUAACUUAAUGCUAGCAUAUAAUGCAACGCGCCAGACGCAGGCAAACUAAAAUAGGCAUUGAUCUUACGGGUAAGUAUUAUGUAAACAAUCAACCAACUGCCACGUGAAAACACACAGAGCAGAAAGACACAAAAAGAGUGGAUACAGCAAUACUCACAGGCAUAUAUUGUCUCUGAUCUGUGGGAACGAUGACUAUUACCGGAGCUUAUGGGUUGGCAACCUUCUCUGCCUCUUCUACUUGCUCUUGUCUGUCAUGUGAAGUUUGCACGCUGAACUGUGAUUGGUCGUUACUUGAGCUCUGACCAACUAUGAUGUCAUUUUCAGUCGACAGCAAGUGGCAAAAUGUGUUUUUAAAAGUGUUAAAUUGUAAAAAUAAUGAAGUUAUCAGAUUCAUUACAGACAAAAUAUAAACUUUUUGCUGUUGAAAAUUGCAAAAUUUGUUCCCCUUUAUUGCCUCAUAAUUUCGAAUGUUGUGUAAUUUGACAGCCAACUUAUUUUUAUUACGAUGCUUCUGUAUUCAGUAAUGACUAAUCAAUAAUCAAUAUUGUCAGAAAUAAAGGUCCCGGAAUCCAGGUUUGCUCAGAGGGUAUUCAGUAUAUAGAGACUAGGUGGUCGUUUGGUCUCAACGCACUUUUUUGGUCCACAGGCGUUGAUGGAUGCGAGUAGGACGCGAUCAUGUCAAGCAAAUUCGACUGUUUUAAUGACGGAAAGGCGUGUAGGUGGUAGACAAGAGAGCGAGAGAAAGGGGCUGCUGUGUGUGGACAGUCCCAUUAUUAUGGUCUUGAGACUUAACGUCGGCCUCUCACUGCGCACGCGUGAUCCCAGCUGAGCCUGAGCCCCGUGAAGAGCCGCUAAGUUGCGAGUGGACGUCGCUCCGUCUUCAUACAGAUAUUUAUAUUUUUGUACAUUUAUCUUGCUAUAAAGAGAUGAAGCUCCUAGUGCCUUGUCGUGGAUAAAGUGCGCCCCCCUCGCCCCCACCCCCCCAAAAAGGAAUCGGGACUACAUCUUCAGUUUAUGAAUGGCCCCGACAUGGAGGAAGCGCCGUUUGAGAAAGUCCGAAGCCGGCGGAAGAGGAGUCCGUGUCCGCCGGGCUUCCCCGUGAGCAGCAUCGCUUGCGAGGACGAGUUCGAUUGCAAGGAGCUGGAGUCUCUGUUCCAAAACUACAACCUGAAACUGGAGCAGACGUCCACGCUCAAGGCGCUCGCCGUGCUCAUCGUCAUGUCGUCGGCGCUGGCCGGCGCGGAGCUCCUGGGCGGCCCCGGCCACCUCACCAUCUCUAAGGGCUCGCACCCGGUGCACUGCGUCGUCUUCACGUCGCUCUUCAUCGUCACCAACGUCAAGUACCUGCAGGUGACCCAGUUGCAGCAGAUCGUCAACCUGAGUCUGCUCUUUGGAUUCACCUUCGCCUUCCUCUGCUGUCCCUUCUCGCUGGGCGCCCCGGGCUCGGAGCCGCAGACGUCGCCCGACCAGGGCGUGUGGCAGCUGGUCCUGGUCACCUUCGUCGCCUACGCGUUGCUGCCCGUCCGGACACUGCUGGCCGUACUCUUCGGGCUCAUGGUGUCCAUGUCGCACCUCAUUGUGACCGCUACCUCCGUCAGGACGCAAAAACUAUGGAGAACGCUGGCGGCCAACACGGUGCUGUUCACCAGUGUCAACCUGUCGGGCCUGUUUGUGCGCAUCCUGACAGAGCGAGCCCAGAGGAAGGCCUUCCUGCAGGCGCGCAACUGCAUAGAAGAGCGACUUCGCAUGGAGGACGAGAAUGAGAAACAGGAGCGCCUCCUCAUGAGUUUGUUGCCCAGGAACGUCGCCAUGGAGAUGAAGGAGGACUUCCUGAAGCCGCCAGAAAGGAUCUUUCACAAGAUCUACAUCCAACGACAUGACAACGUCAGCAUCCUGUUUGCAGACAUCGUUGGCUUCACCAGCUUGGCCUCCCAGUGCACCGCCCAGGAACUGGUUAAACUCCUGAACGAGCUUUUUGGAAAGUUUGACGAGCUUGCUACGGAGAACCACUGUCGCCGCAUCAAGAUCCUGGGUGAUUGCUACUACUGCGUGUCUGGCCUGACGCAGCCCAAGACGGACCACGCCCACUGCUGCGUGGAGAUGGGACUGGACAUGAUUGACACCAUAACGUCAGUGGCAGAGGCCACGGAAGUCAACCUGAACAUGCGUGUGGGCCUGCACACGGGCCGGGUGCUGUGUGGGGUGCUGGGCCUCAGGAAGUGGCAGUAUGACGUGUGGUCCAACGACGUCACUCUCGCCAACGUGAUGGAGGCCGGUGGACUGCCUGGGAAGGUCCACAUCACCAGAUCCACACUAGAGUGCCUAAAUGGAGACUACGAGGUGGAGCCGGGAAACGGUCACGAGCGUAACGUCUUUCUCCAAAAACACCAGAUCGAAACUUUCUUUAUCGUGCCAUCUCACCGACGCAAGAUCUUCCCAGGAUUGAUUCUGUCGGAUAUCAAGCCGGCCAAAAAGAUGAAGUUCAAGACGGUGUGCUACUUGCUGGUGCAACUCAUGCACUGCCGAAAGAUGUUCAAGGCUGAGAUCCCCUUCUCUAAUGUCAUGAACUGUGAGGAUGGUGAUAAGCGGAGGGCCAUGAGGACAGCACCGCAAAAGCUGAGAAACCGGCCCAACGCUCACCAGGCCAACGUGGUCCAGAACAGCCCCAGAACGCGGGUCAACCGUUACAUCGGGCGGCUGAUCGAGGCCCGGCAGACCGAGUCGGACACGGCCGACCUCAAUUUCCUCACGCUCAUGUACAAGUGCUCGGAACGCGAGCAGAGGUACCAUCAGAUUCCGGAUGAGUACUUCACCAGUGCUGUGGUUGUGUCUCUGAUCCUCGCUGCUUUGUGUGGCCUCGUCUAUCUUCUCAUCAUACCGCAGGGUACAGUGGUGCUGGUGCUGCUUGUCUUCUGCAUCUGUUUCCUGGUCGCAUGCAUCAUGUACCUGCAUAUCACAAGAGUACAGUGUUUUCCAGGAUGCCUGACCAUUCAGAUUCGCACUGCUCUCUGCAUUCUCAUCGUGCUCUUUAUCUACGCUGUGGCCCAGGCCUGUGUGGUGGGCUGCAUGCCGUGGCUGUGGGGUCCCGCCAGCACCAACAGCUCCAUCGUCAUCAUCGACACCGACAACGGCGCCAGCCGUACCAUGGCCGAGAUGCCCUGCGAGGGCGCCCACUACGCCUUCCUGUCAUGCGCGGUGGGCACGCUCACCCUGGCGCUCUUCUUGCGCGUCUCCUGGCUGCCCAAGAUGGCGCUGAUGCUCCUGCUGGGAGUGCUCUAUGUCACCGUGCUGGAGCUCAGCGGUUUUCGCAAGACCGCCGGUGGGGGGUCCUUCCACAUCCGGGGCUAUGAGCCCAUCCUGUCUCUGUUGCUUUUCGUCAGUGCCCUCGCCCUCCACUCCAGGCAGCUUGACCUCAAACUGCGCUUGGACUUCCUCUGGGCUGUGCAGGCGGAGGAGGAAAGGGAUGGCAUGGAAAAAGUCAAACUGGACAACAGGCGGAUCCUGUUCAAUCUGUUGCCGGCACACGUGGCCCAACAUUUCCUGCUGUCCAACCCCAGGAACAUGGUGAGCCCAGCUCAUAGACAAGCAGACACACACAAACAGGACUUAUACUACCAGUCGUAUGCGCAAGUAGGCGUCCUGUUUGCCUCCAUCCCAAACUUCAACGACUUCUACAUCGAGUUGGAUGGCAACAACAUGGGAGUGGAAUGCUUGAGACUGCUCAAUGAGAUCAUUGCAGACUUUGAUGAGCUCAUGGAUAAAGCGUGCUACAAAGAUAUUGAAAAGAUCAAGACCAUAGGCAGCACGUACAUGGCAGCUGUGGGCCUCGUCCCAACUAUUGGAACCAAGGCCAAGAAGUCAAUUUACGACCACCUGAGCACGAUAGCAGACUAUGCCAUUGAGAUGUUUGACGUGUUGGAUGAAAUCAACUAUCAAUCUUAUAAUGAGUUUGUCUUGAGAGUGGGGAUCAAUGUUGGCCCAGUGGUGGCAGGGGUCAUCGGGGCACGGCGACCUCAGUAUGACAUCUGGGGGAAUACGGUCAACGUGGCCAGUCGCAUGGACAGCACGGGAGUACCAGGGAAGAUUCAGGUGACGGAGGAGGUCUACCGCCUGCUGAACUCCGACUACGACCUGGUGUGCCGCGGCAAAGUGAGUGUGAAGGGCAAAGGCGAGAUGUUGACGUACUUCCUGGAGGGCAAGGUGCAGGGCGUGGGCACGGCCACCACCUCCUCGGUGGUACGCUCGGCAAGCCUGGCGCGCCGCAUCCACUCUUGCGGCAAAACCAGCGUGCCCGCCAACCUGGGCAGCGUCUCCUCCGUCGCCGCCUCCCCCAACAGCCAGCCCACGUGCUUGCCUUCUUCCCGCGUGCCUGCGGUGGGUGAGGAGGAGGAAGAGGAGGUGGGGGAGGAUCGAGAUGUGACAGAGAUUGAGAUUGAGGCUGUGGCGACUGCGGCUGAUGCUGCGGUGUAGACACAAACACAAGUGUGUGACCUCAGUGAAGGUACGAAGAGCCAAGAUGGAGGCCUUGAGGAGAGCGGCCUGCAUGUUUCCUGCAGGUGUGACGCUCAUUGAGGAAAUGAGUCCAGACAAUCACUUGCUGUUUCUUGUUUUGUUUUUUUUUUUAGGGAAUUUCAGCUGCUCUCUCUUCUUUGGACACACUCAGACACUCCAUCCUUUCUUUGCAGGUAAAACAAAUUCUGCAGAGGGGGCUAUUCUACAGUAUGUGUAUUUAAAAAAAAAAAAGACUGAUCUUGCUAUUAUUGCUUUUGCACAGUCCUUCUAAUGAUGCCAAGGAUGCAUUGUAUUAUUUGCAGUCGUCGCACAGUGUUUCUUAUGGUGCGCCUAAGCAUGUGUGUGCGCGCGUGCACUUGUUGUGAGUGUGUAUGGUGAUGUAUCAUUCGAUGACACAGCACAACCACAUUUGGAACACUUUUGCUGACACAUUUCUUAUCACUGGUGCAUGAUCUUUUUACACCUCGACAGCCAUAGCUACAAUCCCCCUUGCAAGAAAACCAAAGGAAUGAUAUUUUCAACAUGGCAUCCACCAGGUUCGCACAUGUGACUCUUUCACAAACCAUCUGAUAAGCUCAAAUGUGUCUUUUUUUUUUCAACCCCACUUGAACAAACUACAGUGGAACCGCUAAGGGUUGAUUGUAAGGCAUUGAAGGUUGCUUUACAUUUGUUUUUAUUU